AUGGUCUAUAGUCUUACGCCUCGUCAUGGUCAUGCCCAAGAUGUCUUUGAUGAGAAUAAUGUACGUCAAGUCGCUGGAUGUUUACCUAUUGAUCCUAUUCAUAAACGUUUCCUGUUAGUCUCCUCCUCCAGUAAUCCUGGUAGCUGGGUUAUUCCAAAGGGUGGAUGGGAAAAGGAUGAAACUCAACAACAAGCAGCAAUGCGAGAAACCUGGGAAGAAGCAGGUAUUAAGGGUAUCAUCACUAGACACAUUGGCGUCUUUGCCGAAAAAUCCAAGACAGGUGUGAAAGCACAUCAUUGGAUCUAUGAAAUGGAAAUUAUCGAAGUGACAAAAAAGUUUCCCGAAAUGAAGAAGCGAGAACGUCGUUGGGUAAGCUAA